UUUACAUGAUGUGGAAAAAUGAACACAUUCAGUGGGAACCUGAAGACUUUUGUGGAAUUGACGAGGUUUCAAUUCCUAGUGAAGUUUUGUGGAAGCCAGAUAUAACUAUUGAAGAAAUAAUAGAAAAGGACAAAGCCACUCCAAGUCCUCAUCUCACCAUCUUAAGUGACGGUAGAGUCUUUGUUAAGAAUGACCAGGUGCUGGUCACCAUGUGCCGGAUGCAGGUUUUCAAAUUCCCCUUUGACAUUCAGACGUGCACCCUCACGUUCAAGUCUGUCGUGUAUUCUGGCAAGCAAAUAAAGCUUAUAACCAAUAACCAAGCUAAUUCAGGCUUUUCAUGGUAUUCCAUGGCGAUGCGGACUAAAUUCGAGUGGCUGUUAAUCAGCAUGACAGUACACGCAGAACCUGCUACUAGUUUUGACUUCACACAAGACCAGGUGAUUUUUAUUAUCAGCAUGAAGAGGCGAUCUGCCCUCGGCAUUAUCAACUUCUUGCUACCCAUUCUGCUCUUCUUCAGUCUGGACUUGGCCUCCUUCCUGAUCUCAGACAGUGGAGGCGAGAAGCUCAGCUUCAAGGUCACAAUGCUGCUCGCUGUCACCGUGAUGCAGCUUGUUCUGAAUGAAAUUCUGCCUUCCUCUUCAGAAAGGAUUCCACUUAUAGUUGUCUUCUGUAUCGGGAUCUUUACUCUGAUGAUGCUGAGCCUGCUGGAGACGAUUUUGGUGAUGUAUCUGACUGAUAAAGACUCUGCAUCCCAAGACAGCAAGACAGACCAAAGCCAGAGUGACGGCUGGAAAAUACAUUUUCACAUUCAUUUGAAUUUAAAUAAGUGGACUUCGUGCCUCUGUGACCUGUCUGCUGAUGAAACACCAACUGAGCUGCUGAAGGUUGGGAAUUGUACUUUAAAGGUCUAG